GGAGGAAAUCCACAUGGGAAGGAGCAGCCCGCGGCUCCGCUGCAGUGAGACACAGAGACCGGAGGAGAGGACGAGGAGCCUCAUUUCUGCCCGGAGAUGAAAAAGUCUUUAAUCACACACUGAGCUGUGGGACUUCAUUUCGGUGCCGGCAUGUAUUUUGGUAAUGUGUGCCACAGUCCCCUGCCGUCGCUGGCUCGUCCCACGCUGGGCAGGACCCAGCCCUCCCCCGACCCCAAGGCCCUCCUCCCCUUCCAUCUGCUGCCUGGAUUCACCGACCAGAUGGAUCAUCUCCACAAAGCUCUGAUUAGCCCAUGCUUUGGGUUAACUUCACCCCUGAAGAGGAAGCCCGGCUCCUGCAGCGUUUGUCGAGUGAGAUUCAACUCUGAGGCUCAGGCGUCCUCUCACUACAGUGGCACGAGGCAUGCGAAAAGACUCAAAGCUCUGGACGCCCCAGAUUCAAAGAUCAAGACCUUCGAACCAGUCACCAAGGAAACCACAUCACAAAUCCUCUCGUCAUCCUGCUCACAGCCCUCUGGCUCUGACACAACAUCAGAAGACCCCUCGGCCCCAAACUCUACUUCAGACACAACAUCGUUAAGCGGCGGUCUCGCUGAAACAACAAAAGAGCCCACCAACCACUCCCUGCCAGCCAGUCCGAGGACAGCCGAGAAAGAUGGCGAAGCCGAGACUCCAGAUCAAGAGACAGAGGAAGAGAAAGCGAAACGACUUCUCUACUGCUCCCUCUGCAAGGUGGCUGUGAACUCUGCCUCUCAGCUCCAGGCUCACAACAGCGGUACGAAGCACAAAACGAUGCUCGAGGCCAGAAGCGGCGAUGGAGCCAUUAAGUCUUUCCCCAGGAUAGGAGUCAAAUCCAAGAUGGCCGCUCCGUCUGAGCCGUCAACUGGACUCCAAAACAAAACUUUUCAUUGCGAGAUCUGCGACGUGCACGUCAACUCCGAGACUCAGCUCAAACAGCACAUCAGCAGCAGAAGACACAAGGACAGAGCAGCAGGUAAACCGGCCAAACCAAAGUUCAGCCCCUACGCUCCCACUCAGCGACUCCAAAGUCUCCAGGCACUAACUGAAGCCAAACUGGAUUAAUGAGCUCCAUAUUAUUUACGUCUGUGUGCUGCAGACGCUCCAAAGUAAACGCCUCUGCCAAGCUACGGUCCACCCAGUCGCUGCAUCCUGACUCACCAGGCUGUCACAGCGGUCAUUGUUGUUACGAUAACGAAUUAUCUUUGCCUGACGGUUGUGAACAUCUGUGUGUGGGAUGCUCGAUUCUCCACAGGCUGCUGGAAUUCAGACCAACGCUGGCCCCUCAACUCCUUGGCUCCUUCGCUCCGCAGCCUUCACUCCUUCAUCUCCUGCACCUUUUGUCAUAUUUCUCUGGUUAGCUUUCAACACAUCUGCGCUCAGCUCUCCACUCUGUCUCUCACCGCAUCAUCAAACUCAUGGCAGAGAAAAAUACACGCAUAAACACGUGUCAGCAUUACAGAAGCCCCAGUCUGGCAUCCAGGAAAUUUUUCUGCCUCCGUCGUACCUGGAGGGACUACAAAGGCGGACAGAGCUGCCUUUUUUUUUUUUUUUUUUGCCGUGAGAGAGGGCAACUUUGCUUGCUGCUCACAUAAAAAAGGAUUGUUAUAAGCUCCCCGGCCUGACUACGCGGGGAUUUUGACUUCUCUGCGCAAGUAUUUUAUUCCAAAUCGUAAAGCAAGCUUUUUUCACGGGUGAUUGCAGCGACACAGUGAGAAUGAGGGAAAACGAGAUCUCGAUAAACCGAGGGGACAUGGCGAGUUGAAAAUAUCUGAAAAACGACCCUUAUGAGGCACUACUUAAAAUAAACGCAGCAAAGACAGUUAAAAACCGUCGAGAUUGAAACAAAUGAUUAGAAAAAUCGUGACACUUGCAAUUACAUUUUGGCGAGUUUCAAAGCUUUUAAACCAUUCUGGCUCUAAUUUGCAUAACUUUAGCUCACGAUGAGUUCAAAGAGCUUCUCACUCUAAUUAUUAAAGCUUUUUUUCAGAUUGAUAGUGUUUUGUUUUUAGUCAAUGUUUUUUUUACUACAGAAGAAGAACUACUCCAGAAUGUGCUGUAGUUUACUGUUCCACAUAACAAUGAAAGAUAUCCCUGCAUAUCCCUGCAGAAUAAGCCCACCACAUGACAUGACCUCCCUUCUUCUUUAUAGUUUCCUGACUUUAAAUUUAGCAUCUAUUUUCAGUGACAAAGUUUUUAUUGCAUCUGCUAUUCUUGUCUUUGUUUUGAUUACAUUUAUUUUAUUAUUAUCACAGCUUUUGGAGCUCAGGGCCGGCCCUAGGCACUUCGGUGUCCAAGUCGAGAUUUUAUGUUGCUACCUAGAUUGUUAUGAAAUCAGCGUUUCAGACUCCUUCACUUAAAUCUGCAAUCGGUAAUCAGUCUGUUAAAAGGAGCCACGUCUGUGUUCUUCUUUACCAGAACAGAUGACGGAGGCAAACAUGAGUGAGACGCACAAUCAAUAAAAAAAAAAAAAAAAAAAAAACCGUUUUUGAUUUUUAAAAUACAAUAAAAAAAGAUUUUCACACUGAACGUUUCCAAAACGUUCAGCAGCUGAACAAUCACUCAGUCUCCUUUCAGACCUGAGAGCAUCUGUGUGGUCGACCUUUUGUUUUGUGGAAUAUUUCAUCUGUUUCUCCUUAUAAGGUCUCUUUACCUUCUGCUCACUCAAAGUAAAGUCAGACUUUCACCUGCGCUCGCCAUGUGCUUGUGAGCCAGUGUAGCUCGGCUGCGUUUUGAAAAAAAAAAAAAAAAAAGAAGAAAACAUCUGCCUUAAACCACAUAGUGAUAAUUUAAAACAAACUUUAAACAUUCACAGUACGCAUUGAUCGCCGUUUAAACAGGCAAGUCUCUGUUCAUGUCUUCUAAAAAGAUUAAAACAUGAAAUCCUACAUUAGACGCUUUCAGAAAUGUACAGUCUAAAGCCACAAAGGUUGGCAUUUGCAGGUAAAGAAAAGCUUCAAGCAUUAUCUGUCCUGGUCAACACAUUGCAAAGCACCCAAGGAAGUAAAAUUUGUAAAUUUCAGACACUCCAUUUAUUGCCAAAGUGUGGAUAUUCAUUGCUCCUACGGCACCAGACGGGAUUUGUUAAGACCCUGUGAGGUUUUCUGGCGCUGCAGGAGACCACUGCAUUGGGCAUGGCAUGGAGCAGCAGAUCAGUAAAAGAGAGGGGGAGAAGUUGGCUGUGAAGUGAAUGGCACAGCAGGGUGUUUAAGAGCAAACUGGAAAGCAUAAUGGCCAUGCUGCUACCCACAGAGAGCCAAUUGUGCGUCUGGGGCUCAGUGCUGCUGUCACUUGGGCUGAAACGGAUGUGAUGGCUAACGCAGGUUCCUUCGCUUGGAUUUGCGACACUGUGACUCGAAAAGCCCACGUCUUUACAGUAAAUCCAGAGCUGAUGCACAUUCAGAGGCAGUUGGGAGAAAUUUAUGAGGUCUCACGAAAUAAUUCGUAUUCCUGCAGUGUUUGGUACAUGAACUUUGACGUAUUUUAUUGGAAUUGGAUGUAGUCGACCGAAACAAGUCAGAGAUACUUUAUGUGUUUUCUCAAAGAAAAUCUGAAAACUCUGGUGUAAAUAUACAUUUCGUCGCCACGAUUCCUCCAAACCAAACAUGAUUCAGUCAAGUGCCUUCAUAAGUUGCCCAGUUUGCGUACAGUAAUGACUUUGUGGAUAAAAGAAAUCAGUCAUGGAAAACAAUGUGAAACUAAAUUCCAAGUUUUGAAAACCUGGCAUGGCACCAUUUAAUCCAUCAUCUCAUAAUGGGAAAUGAAUGGCACAGCUGCAAAGCAACUAAAACAUGAUCUACCACUUAAACUGAGGGGCCUUUUAAGAAGAGAAUUAAUCAGAGAAGCAGUCACUCUGGAGAAGCUGCAGAGAGUCACAGCUCAGGUGGGAGAGCCUGUGCACAGGACAACUAUUAGUUUUGUACUCCACAGAUGUAGCGUAGAAACAGCAAGGAAACACCAUUGCUAAUAGAAAGUCAUUAGAGCUCUUGCUUUCAAUUUCCCACCUAACCAGUUUGGUCAGGUAAAGUAAACACUAAGUAUAGCAACAACAACAAAAAAUAAGAAAUAAAUAACUACUGCUCAUUCCUAAUCUGCCUGAGUUUAUGUUAAAAGGAAGAAUGGGCAGAAUUUUCAGUCUGUAGAUUUGCAAAGCUGGUGCAGACGUACCUCAAAAGGCAUGCAGUUGUGUUGGCUUCUAAGGAUGGCUAUACAAAGUGUUAUGUAGCAGCCUGCCUCAAUACAAAUCCAUGCACAAUUUUAGAUUUUCAUCUGCAAAAAAUGUUGAAAACUAUGUAUCCCUUUCUUUCCACUUGAACAUUUGCCAUUAUUUUAUGUCGGCCUAUCACAUGCCAUCCAAAAUGAACUAAAGUAGUAGAAGUUUGUGCAAAUUGUGAACUUUUAAGGGGAUAUGAAUACUGCUCCUACUCACUAUAGAUGUGAGAUAUUUUAUGUUUCCCUUUAAAAAUUGUGCUAGGAUUUUUGUCGCCACACAGUCUCCUGUACUAAAGUUUUCAGUUAACAUAAAAACCAUAAAACAAACUGUAAUCUGAUUUACUAGUUGUUUUUUUUGCCUUGGAGUUGUGUUUAAGGGUUUGGUCGCAGUCUGUUAUGAUUCCAUUACCAUGGGCUUUAAGAGCACAUUUUCCAUAUUAAAAAGUAGCAGUGUAUAUUACGCCUCUUAGGAGAUUAGGCCACAGAUUAGUUAAAACAUUUUUUAUGGUUAAAAAUAAAAAAUGAAAAAAAGCAGAUUGACUGUUUAGACGUGCCAGGACAGAGGCGUGAGCUAAUAAAUCUGCCCAGUUUCUGAUCUAAUUGCAUCGCACAUGUAUAAUAAGCAGAGCUACACUGAAAAAUACUGAACUACAGUCAUAAAAUGUGGUGUCUUUUUUGUGCCGUGAUGUCCCCCGCUGAAAAGAGCCCCCUCUAUUUCUCCUUUAAUGAACUCCUCCUUUCCUGUACCUGUGAUAAUAAGUUUUUCUCCUGGCAGCUGACAUGUGGAUGGCAAGGAGGUGGCAUGAAAUGACUGUGUGAUGAUGGAUUUGCCUAUUAAACCAGGCUGAACAAGAACCA